UGGGUGGUGACAGGUAGUGGUGGAGGUUUCUUGACUUUCUUCCCAGAGAGGGAAUAUGCUACGCUAUUAAUCUUUAAUCCCUUCAGUUUAAAUGGUUCCCCUUCCCCGCAAACAUCCUGGAUAAUACGCUGACUCGAUUCCGUGAUCCAUAAUUCCUACUUUUCAAAAUUUUCUUUUGUACAUUUCAUUUUAUAUACAUGUGUUUUUGUGUGUGUGUGUGUGUGUUUACACGAAGACCCAGCUGCUUCCUUCUUCCUCGCCCUCUACCUAUCUGCAAUUUUACCAGUUGCUGCUUGUGAAGUGAAUUGAUCACAAAGAUUUGGAAUCAAGUGAAGAGACUGAAAUUCAGGGCUGCAAAAAUGGGUUCUGAUAAGCAGUCAGCUGGUUUACUAGAUACCCUUAAUAUGCAGAAAGUCAGGACAAUUUUAACUCAUCCAUACCCUUACCCACACGAGCACUCACGGCAUCUUUUCAUUGCUGUGGUUGUGGGUUGCCUAUUUUUCAUAUCAUCAGAUAAUAUGCACACUCUUAUCCAGAAGUUAGAUACCAACAUUAAAUGGUGGUCAAUGUAUGGUUGUUUGCUAGGAUUCUUUUACUUCUUUUCAUCUCCAUUUAUUGGGAAAACAAUUAGGCCAAGUUAUUCAAAUUUCAGCCGCUGGUAUAUAGUCUGGAUAUUGGUUGCAGCACUUUAUCAUCUUCCCAGUUUUCAAUCGAUGGGAGUUGAUCUAAGGAUGAACCUCUCUUUGUUUUUGACAAUAUAUGUCUCAUCCAUCUCCUUUCUGGUUGUUUUCCAUCUAAUAUUUCUUGGCCUUUGGCAUCUUGGCCUUGUGGCUCGUGUGGCUAAAAGGAGGCCUGAACUUCUUGCAAUAGUUCAAAAUUGUGCUGUUUUAAGUAUAGCCUGCUGUGUAUUUUAUAGCCACUGUGGCAACCUUGCUAUAAUACGGGAAAAAGCAUUUGGACGGAGAGAUUCUCUUUGGUUUUCUCUUUGGCGCAAGGAAGAGCGAAAUACAUGGCUUGCAAAAUUUAUCCGCAUGAAUGAGUUCAAAGAACAAGUUUGUAAAUCUUGGUUUGCACCAGUUGGCUCUGCUAGUGACUACCCUUUUUUAUCUAAGUGGGUCAUCUAUGGAGAGUUGAGCUGUGGUGGUUCAUGUGCCGAGUCAUCAGAUGAAAUCUCUCCAAUAUAUUCUUUGUGGGCCACCUUAAUUGGCCUUUACAUUGCCAAUUAUGUUGUGGAAAGAUCAUCAGGAUGGGCUCUUUCUCACCCUGUGCCACACACAGAAUACGAGAAGUUGAAGAAAAAACAGAUGAAGCCUGAUUUUCUGGACAUGGUUCCUUGGUAUUCAGGGACAUCUGCUGAUGUUUUUAAGGCAAUGUUUGACCUACUGGUCUCAGUGACUCUAUUUGUUGGACGUUUUGAUAUGCGCAUGAUGCAGGCAGCAAUGAGUGGAGAUCAAGCUGGAGGUAAACAGGAGGAUCUUUUGUAUGAUCAGUUCAGUGAAGAAGAUGGCAUGUGGUUUGACUUUAUGGCUGAUACUGGUGAUGGUGGAAAUUCUUCGUAUACUGUCGCACGUCUUCUUGCUCAACCUUCAAUCCAUGUCCAAAAUAAUGGCUCAGUACUUAGUUUGCCUCGUGGGAGUCUGCUUCUCAUAGGCGGUGAUCUUGCGUAUCCUAAUCCAUCAGCUUUUACAUAUGAGAAUCGCCUAUUCCGCCCCUUUGAAUAUGCUCUUCAGCCACCAACAUGGUAUAAAGAAGAUCAUGUUGCGGUGCACAAGCCAGAAUUACCUCACGGAAUGGCUGAUUUGAAGCAGUACAAGGGGCCUCAAUGUUUUGUUAUUCCCGGAAAUCAUGAUUGGUUCGAUGGACUCCAGACAUUCAUGAGGUACAUUUGUCACAAAAGCUGGCUGGGUGGUUGGUUUAUGCCUCAAAAGAAAAGCUAUUUUGCCCUGCAGCUGCCAAAAGGGUGGUGGGUAUUUGGUUUUGAUCACGCUCUUCAUUGUGAUAUUGAUGUAUACCAAUUCAAGUUCUUCUCAGAAUUAAUACGGGAUAAGGUUGGAGAGAAUGACUCUGUGAUCAUUAUGACACACGAACCUAAUUGGCUUAGUGAUUGGUAUUGGAAUGACGUAACUGGGAAGAAUGUUACCCAUUUAGUACGUGACCAUUUAAAGGGGAGGUGUAAACUUCGAAUUGCCGGGGACUUGCACUAUUACAUGCGCCAUUCAUGUGUUCCAUCUGACAGGCCGGCUGAUGUGCAACAUUUGCUUGUUAAUGGUUGUGGUGGGGCUUUUUUGCACCCUACACAUGUCUUCAGAAAUUUUAAGGACUUUAAUGGGGUGCCCUACCAAUGCAAAGCUUCUUACCCAUCAUUUGAAGAUUCAAGCCGGAUUGCAUUGGGGAAUAUAUUGAAGUUUCGGAAGAAAAAUUGGCAAUUUGAUAUCAUUGGUGGCGUCCUAUACUUUUUAUUAGCCUUUUCUAUGUUUCCUCAGUGUCAAUUAGAUCACAUCUUAAAGGAUAAUACCUUUUCGGGCCACGUGGGGAGCUUCUUUAGCGCAGUGUGGGAUUCCUUUAUAUACUUGUUGGAACGCUCAUAUGUAUCGUUGGCGGCUACUGUGUUAUUAUUAGUGGCGGCAAUAUGUUUUAUUCCCUCCAUAGUGUCUCGGAAAAGGAAAGUCAUGAUUGGGAUUCUUCACGUGUCUGCCCACUUAGCUGCAGCGUUGAUUCUCAUGCUUCUGUUGGAACUUGGCGUUGAGACAUGCAUCAGACAUGAUCUCCUCGCAACAUCAGGCUAUCAUACUUUAUACGAAUGGUAUCGCUAUGUUGAGAACGAGCAUUUUCCGGACCCCACUGGUCUUAGGGCACGUAUAGAACGAUGGACAUUUGGCCUUUAUCCAGCAUGUAUCAAGUAUCUAAUGUCUGCUUUUGAUGUACCCGAGGUAAUGGCAGUGACGAGGCAAAACAUCUGCAAGAAUGGGAUGGAUUCACUCUCCCGAGGGGGUGCUGUGAUAUAUUAUACAUCCGUUUUUCUUUAUUUCUGGGUUUUCUCAACUCCGGUGGUAUCUCUGGUCUUCGGAAGUUAUCUGUAUAUCUGUAUUAAUUGGCUCCACGUACAUUUUGAUGAAGCCUUUUCUUCUCUCCGUAUUGCCAACUACAAGUCAUUUACACGAUUCCACAUAAACACCAAAGGCGACCUUGAAGUUUUCACACUUGCAGUUGAUAAGGUUCCGAAAGAGUGGAAGCUAGACUCAAACUGGGAAACGGAGCCACAGCAGCCUAGCUAUGUGCGGAAAUUCCCUAGCAAAUGGAGAGCGACGUCACUCCAACAAGAUCCUAUAAACACUGUUCGGGUUGUUGAUCAUUUCGUCAUUGAGCAAACAGAAAAAUCUGAUUCAGAAUCGAUGAACGGGUCAAAAACUCAAUGACAGGUUCAGUUACUAACUAGUCCGUGUUUGUUUUGUACAAAUGUUUUAGCCGAUUCUCUAGAUGGCAAUCGAAAUCGUUAGCAGGAUGAAUUGAAUCUUAGGAUCCAGUGUAGAUCACUCAUGUUAUGUACUGAACCACAGAAGUUGUGUAUGAUGAGAGGAAGAAAUUAUGGGCAAAGUAUAUGAAAUUUUAAGAUUUUUGUCAUGUCCUGUCUUCUCUUCAAUGUACUAAACAGCCUCUCUUAGCU